AUGGACGACGAUAACACGACCGUUUUGCCUAUCCAGUUCCAGUUGCUCUACAACUAUGAUAUCAGCACUGAAUAUGACAGCCUACGUAAACGCAAAACCCAUAUGCAUCCAGCAUUGGCGUGUGAGCUUAAUGGAGUACGCAUCUAUCGACUCAUCGACUACAACUUGGAGCAACAUUACGUUUCAGCUGGGCAAUUGUGGCGAGCAUGUGGGUUGACAAUAACUGAAGGGCUCUUUCUCUUUGACCUUCGUGUCUCUGACUAUGAGGUGGACUUUUUAAUACCCCAUUUUCCUUUUUGCGACGUGUGGGUUACGGUGACCAAGGCACGACAUAUGGCAAGCAUCCUCAACGUUGAAACUGAGCUAGAGCUCUUGUGCCUGGUAGAUCACGAUCCCAUAUUUUCAUCCGACAAUAUCACCCGUGGAGAAUUGGUUCACAACUGGAAAGUCGAAGCUAUCCCCAAUGCAUUGUAUUCAACACGUGCACUCCUUGAAACGCCUGUGAAUAUGCCAAUCGAAAGCUUGACAGGGCAACGAAAGAUCAGAACACAAAUCUCACGUAAUCGACAGCCUGGGAUGGUGUGCAAGGAUAGACUUGAGACUGGAUUAGUGCGGCUCGCCAUAGCAGCGUAUGAGGCAUUCAUAUCUUCAUCUUAUCAACAUCACGAGGAAUCAUCACAUUCGACAUCUGAAGAGGGCAUUACCACACAAGCGGACGCAUUAUGGGAUGUCUUUCAAGGCCUACUAUUCGAUUUUCAGAAUUUGACAUUGCAAAAACAACAAGAUGGACGUGUAUUUCAAGACAGCAUGAUGAUUGGGAACAUGCCUCUUCGACGUGAAUACCUCCGUCAAGGCAAUGCAUUACAACGUGUGUAUGUGGCAGGCAUGACUGAAAAAUUAUUCGCUGAAUUACAACGACGGCCCUCCCAACCACCUCCUCCUCCACAACAAUCACAACCACAACCACCAACACCAACAGCAGCAGCACAUGUAACAUCUCCACAUGCAUCCACACCAACACCUGCAGAGGAAAAGCAUUAUCAACACCAUCCAACAACCACUACUUCUUCCAACAGCCUGUUAAGUGAUCCCCAUAUCAUGCUGCAUGAUCGAAUGGAUACUCUUGAGCAAGAAUUAUACCGAAUGAAACGGAAGGCCAAGCGAAGAGCAGAUGAUCUUCAACUUGAGGUUCAAGAAUUGCAGCAUCAGGUGGUCACUCUUGAAACAUGGAAAACGAGAAAUGAGCGAUCAAGAAAGAGUGAGCGACUUUGGAUCUUAAUGGCCGCACUUUCAGUCAUUGUUACGUUGUGGAUGUUUGGCUAG